GCGAUAAAUGAUCACAGCUGGUGGCGCGAGUUUGUUGGUUAGGUUGCGCGAACGAGCGCAUGGCGAGUGACGCGUGUUUACUCUCUGUUUAAAAACGAGAAUAACCAGUCCGCAGUGAAAAAAAGAAUAUCGUUCGAUUUUUUAAUCUUGGAUAAAAUAUUGAGAAUUAAAUUAGGGGACGAAAUAAUGGCAGACGCGCCAGUAGUAGCAGACGCCGCGGGACCGCCGAAGACGGCUAAGCAGCUCGAGAAGGAAAAGCAGAAGUUGGCGAAGCUCGAGAAGUUCAAGCAGAAACAGGAGAAGAAAAAUGCCGCUGGUGCCGGUGAAGCCAAGGAAAAGGCCGAGAAGAAACCUGAAAAGAAGAAGGAAGUUAAAGAGACUGUAGUUUACACUUCAAAUACUGCACCAGGAGAGAAAAAAGAUGUUCAAUCUCCCAUGCCAGAUGCUUACAGUCCACAGUAUGUUGAAGCUGCAUGGUAUUCGUGGUGGGAAAAAAGUGGAUUCUUCAAGCCAGAAUACAAUGGAAAAAUAUCAGAGAAUAAUCCCAAAGGAAAAUUUGUCAUGGUCAUUCCUCCACCCAAUGUAACAGGUUUUCUUCAUCUUGGACAUGCUUUGACGAAUGCUGUAGAAGAUGCAAUCACAAGAUGGAAUAGAAUGAAAGGGCGUACAACUUUAUGGAAUCCAGGUUGUGAUCAUGCUGGUAUUGCUACUCAAGUAGUUGUAGAAAAGAAACUAUGGAGAGAGGAGAAAAAGACUCGUCAUGAUUUGGGACGUGAGAAAUUCGUUGAGAAAAUUUGGGAAUGGAAGAAUGAAAAAGGUGGAAGAAUCUAUGACCAAUUGAAAAAAUUAGGAAGUUCCUUUGAUUGGGAGAGAGCUUGCUUUACAAUGGAUCCCAAAUUAUGUCGGGCUGUUACUGAGGCAUUUGUGCGUUUGCAUGAUGAAGGUACCAUAUAUAGAAGCAACCGUCUUGUGAACUGGAGUUGCACAUUGAAGAGCGCUAUUUCUGAUAUUGAGGUGGAUAAAGUAGAGUUGACUGGCAAAACGCUACUAUCUAUUCCUGGCUAUCAAGAGAAAGUAGAGUUUGGAGUUUUAGUGCUGUUUGCAUAUGAAAUAGAAGAUUCAGAUGAAAAAAUAGUAGUAGCCACGACACGUAUUGAAACAAUGUUGGGCGAUACCGCUAUUGCUGUUCAUCCGAAUGAUAAGCGUUACGCGCAUUUAAUUGGAAAACAUGCCAAGCAUCCAUUCUGUAACAGAAAACUGCCAAUUAUUGCUGACACCUACGUUGAAAUGGAAUUUGGCACAGGUGCUGUUAAAAUAACUCCUGCUCAUGAUCCAAACGAUUAUGAAAUUGGAAAGAGGCAUAAUUUGCCAUUCAUCACAAUAUUUGACGAUGACGGUAAUAUUGUCGGAGAUUAUGGAGUAUUUACGGGUAUGAAACGCUUCCAUGCAAGAAAAGAAAUCAUUAAAGAACUGACUACUAGGAACUUAUUUGUGGAAAUUAAGGAUAAUCCUAUGUUCGUGCCUGUGUGCAGUAGGUCCAAAGAUAUUGUUGAGCCCCUUAUUAAACCUCAAUGGUAUAUUAAGUGCGAUGAAAUGGCAGCUAGCGCAACUGAAGCAGUAAAAAGCGGAGAGCUAAAAAUUAUUCCAGAACAGUUCAAGAAAACUUGGUAUUACUGGAUGGAGGGUAUUAGGGAUUGGUGCAUUUCUCGACAGUUGUGGUGGGGUCAUCGUAUUCCAGCAUAUUACAUUUCUAUCGAAGGUGCUAAUAUUGAGGCUUCAGAUGAUGAUCGAUGGGUGAGCGCACGCUCGGAGGAUGAAGCCAAAGAAAAGGCGGCUAAGAAGUUCGGUGUUAGCAAGGAUAAAAUUUUACUCAAGCAAGAUCCAGAUGUCUUGGAUACGUGGUUCUCGUCAGGUCUAUUUCCGUUUUCAAUAUUCGGCUGGCCGGAUCAAACCGAAGAACUUAAUGCUUUCUAUCCUGGCACGUUAUUAGAAACUGGACACGAUAUUCUUUUCUUCUGGGUGGCUAGGAUGGUGUUCUUAGGUCAAAAAUUAUUAGGCAAGCUGCCUUUUAAGGAGGUCUACUUGCAUGCGAUGGUGAGAGACGCUCAUGGUCGAAAAAUGAGCAAAUCUUUAGGAAAUGUUAUCGAUCCAAUGGAUGUGAUCCGUGGAACGACUUUAGAGAAUCUUCACAAGCAAUUGUUGGAUUCCAAUCUGGACCCGAAAGAACUGAAGCGAGCGAUGGAGGGUCAAAAGCAAGACUAUCCCCAGGGCAUACCUGAAUGCGGUACCGACGCAUUGCGUUUUGCCCUUUGCUCUUACACGUCGCAAGGAAGAGACAUCAAUUUAGAUAUUCUCAGGGUGCAGGGUUACAGGUUUUUCUGCAAUAAGUUGUGGAAUGCCGCCAAGUUUGCGUUUACGUAUUUCGGUGACGGUUUCAAGUACGACGAAGCUGAGGAUGUCAAGCGCCGCGAGAGCUCGCGAGUGAUGGGUGACGCCGACUGGUACCUAGGCACAUUGAGCGAGUCCUGCGUGCGGAGCUCGCUCGACGCCUACCUGGCGGACUACCCCUAUUUGGAUGGCUACACUGCCUCGCAUCUCGACACCAAAGUUCACAAGGCUGUUACUCGUCUUUUGGCUCAAGGCAACGAUUGCGACCUUGAGCUGAGGCCUCACCUCGCCAGGUGGUACCAUCAUAUCGGCACCCAUAGUGAAAAAGAGAGGAGAUGCUUUCGAUCUGAGAACAGAAGGAUACUGUCCUACUGCGAGAUCAGGAUAGGAGUUGAGGGUGGAAGAGAUUGCAAUGGCGGAUUUCAGCUUACCGGCAACGAGUCCAACAUCGAUCUAUGGAUGCUCUCGAGGGUGAGUUAUGCCGCGCAAGUGUGCGACGACGGCCUAGGUCAGUACGACUUCAACAGUGCCACGACCGCCUGCUACAACCUGUGGUUAUAUGAUUUGUGUGACGUGUACCUAGAAUGUUUGAAACCUGUUUUCCAAAGUGGCACUGAACAGCAAAAACAGGCAGCCCAACGUGUACUGUUCAAAACCCUGGACGUCGGUCUAAGGCUACUCAGUCCCUUCAUGCCAUUUAUCACGGAGGAACUGUACCAACGCUUACCUCGUAAAAACUUGGUCUACCCCAGUAUUUGUGUCAGCCCUUACCCAACUGCUUCUGAGUGUCCCUGGAGGAACGAACAAUUGGAAAAAGACAUUGACUUUGCCCAGAAGGUAAUAAGAAGUGUCAGGUCGUCAAGAGGCACUUACAACAUACCGAAUAAAACCAAAACUGAGGCUUACUGCGUAUGUCACGACGCCGAGCACAAGGACCGCGUGGCUAAGUACUCCGAUGUCAUCGGUACGCUGGCGUACUCGAUCGUUAAGCUGGAGGAGCCACCCGUUGGUUGCGCUAUCCUCACGAUUUCGGAUAAGCUCCAGGUUCAUUUGCUGUUGAAGGGAUUAAUCGACCCGGUGAAGGAGUUAGAAAAACUGAAAAAGAAGGAGGAACAGCUUGCCGCGACGAUAAAGAAGCUGCAACAGGCCAUGUCGUCGGCCGACUAUAGUAUCAAGGUUCCUGCGGAGGUGCAGGAGGCCGACAAAACAAAAUUGCUCACGAGUGAGGGUGAAGUGCAAAGAUUAGUGGAAGCGAUGGAAUCUUUGAAAACAAUGUGAAUCAACUAAGACAAUUUUUUAACGAUAUUUGAAGAUAAAAAUUUAUUACUAUCAUAUUGAUUUCUUUAUUUAUUAAUAAAAAUUGGAUUUUUGGAA